AAUCACGGAAGCUGGUGCAAUGUCAUUUUUUUAGGAUAAAUUAUCACGGGCGAAAUUCAGAAAAGUGGGACAGAGCAGAUUUCGGGGUAAUAAUGGAGGAACCCGAUCCACGGUGAUUGAUUCCAAUCCAAAUCCACAGUUCGGGAUCCAUUGAGCAGCCUUGUUCGAGCGCAGAGCAGCUGUGAAAAAGAACCAGACGAGCUCAAUUCUGAAAUGCCUCAAGACACAUCAAAAUACGGUUAUUUGCGGGACUCCAUAUAACUUGUAAUAUUACCCAUCUGUUAACAUAAGUUUCUGUUUUUUUGUCGGGUGUAGUAGCUGUAUAAGUUUAACCAGACAUACCACUAGCACAUGAUUCGGUACCACACAGGCUUGCGUCAGCUAGGAUAGCCACGCCAAUUAGUCAAGAGACAGGUUAUUUUUGGUGCGAGUGAGCGCGCUGGGGUGCAUUACCAUAAUGAUUUGGCCAUAUGAGCAUAGCUAACAACUGCUUCGUUUCAUAUCAUCAAGUCGCUAAAUCCUGCAUAUUUCAUGACAUAAAUCUGAACUCAUUUGUGUGUAGCCUCGAGUUGGAUUUUUUUGGGGGUUAUACAUUUUGUGGUACUAAAACAAAGACAGUGGUACAGACGUUUUAGAUUAUAGAUUUAUUCCGUAUAUCAACCAAUUGCAUUGAUUAAAUGUCAUACGAGGCGCCAUUAAAUAAUGGACCUGCAUUUUUAUUCCGAUCUAACGGAUGGGACUGGGCAACACGGAGAUCCAGAAUUCCUGGACCCUGGGUCUUUCAAUGGAUAUGACAAUAAGUUCCCUGAAGGCAGUAAUAACUACCUGACCAUCAGCGGUGCGGGCCAUCCGUUCCUCUCAUCCUCUGAGACGUUCCACACCCCCAGUCUGGGAGAUGAGGAGUUCGAGAUCCCCCCCAUCUCCCUGGAUCCAGAUCAGGCGCUCAUCGCGUCCGAUGUGGUGGCCCAUUUUGGAGCGCUGUCGGAUGGAGAGCGCAGUGGCUUGUCCACCCCCGGGAACGUUGUGGUUGGGGGAGACGAUCCGUCCUUUGCCUCCACUUUUGUGAAUCCCCACCCGGGGUCUCAGGGACUGGACCACCACCUGAGUCUGGGGGUCAUCAGUCAGCCAGGUGGAGGAGGAGCUAUUCUGGGGUCUGCUCUGGGCAUGGAUCUGGGCCACCCCGUUGGCUCCCAGUUCAGCAGCUCCUCUCCCACGACCAUAGACGUCCCGUUGAGUGACAUGGACCACAGCCUGUUGGGCCACAACCAGCUGAUCACCAUCGACCAAUCGGAGCUCAGCGCCCAGCUGGGGCUCAGCCUAGGGGGCGGGGCCAACCUGGCGAGGUCGCAGUCACCUGAACAACCACUGUCGGCCGCUGCUUCGCCGGCCGGCUCGCUACAGGACGACGACAUGGACGACUUCAGACAGAGUGUGCUGGUGGAGUCCCCUAUCUCUCUCGGCGUCAUCUCCCUCGAGCCCCCUCUCUCCGACUCCCCCAUUCCUUCCUUUGCGCCGUCCUCUAGCACCCCUCCUACCCUCGUCCGGAGAGGGGCAUCGGCCGGAGGAGGAGGAAGGAAGAAAGGGAAGAAAAAGAAAGACCCUAACGAGCCCCAGAAGCCUGUGUCGGCCUACGCUCUGUUCUUCAGGGACACGCAGGCAGCCAUUAAGGGCCAGAACCCCAGCGCCACCUUUGGAGAGGUGUCCAAGAUAGUGGCCUCCAUGUGGGAUAGCCUGGGGGAGGAGCAAAAGCAGGUGUACAAGAGGAAGACGGAAGCAGCUAAGAAGGAGUAUCUCAAGGCUCUGGAAGCCUACAGGGAUCAUCAGCUUUCUCAGCCGACCAUUGAGGUUCUGGACACUUCCCCGUCGCCUCCCUCUCCUCCUCCCGUUGCCCCACUCCCCGCCCCUGCUCCCCGUUCCACCCGUUCCUCCGUCCCCCACCUCGCCCCUGAAGAGAACACCAUCACCAACAUCUGCACCUCCAACAUCAUCCUAGCAGGUGGAGACCUCCCUCAGGUCACCACCCGCUCCCGUACAGGGGCGCAAAAACCCCCCACUUCUACGCCCGCCCUGGCCCUAAACCUCCCCACCGUUACAAAAAUCAUCAUCAAGCAACAGACGUUGCCAUCAGGGGUAAUGGUGGUGUCAAGUAGUACGGUAUCAUCUACUCGGCAGCCGCCACCACUCCAACAGAUGCAGAACACCCCUCCUCCGCCCCGUCUCCAGCAGAUGGUACAUGCCCAGGCCCCACCGCCACUGCAGGCCAAACCAAGAGGCGGGGGUGCCAUGGCACCACCCCCUCUGCAGAUCAAGAUCGUCCCUCCCGCCUCAGAUUUGGACUCACCCAUUAUCGGCACGGCGGCAGGGGGGUUAGCCGCGUUGGGGGGGGCCACUCCGACCUCGGGGGAGGUGGUACAGUCCGCUGCCUUAGUAACGGCCUGUUCGACGGAAGCCGAGGACGAGGCUGAAGGAGAGGAUGGGAUGCAGGUGGAGUUGAAUGUGUCUCCAGGGCCAGAUGUGACCCAGACCUGCAGCCCUAACCUGUGUGUCCGAGCCGGCUGCACCAACCCAGCUGUAGAGAACAAGGACUGGGACAGGGAAUACUGCAGCAACAAGUGUGUGGCCACACACUGCAGGGAUGUGUUCAUGGCCUGGUGUGCGAUCCGACGGCAGGACUCCACUGUCACGUAAGGAAUGGACAGAAGAGAGGAGUGAUAGAUGGACAAAGACUUCAAAGAGGAGUGAGAGGAGAGAAGAGUGAUAUUUGGACAUGAUAGGGAUUAGCCAGGACUAAAGAGAAAGGAGAGGGGAGUGAAGAAUGGAGAAGAGAAGAGAGGGACUUGGCUUUUUUCCACAACCAGACUUUGUCCUCAUAGAAUAAUCAAGCAGAAGACCAAUAUUCCUGUGCUGAUACAUUAUGAAGUUUAAAUAAUAAGAUCAUUUUAUAUGAAAUGUUUUUAAGGUAAUAUCUAAUAUAACACUACAGGCACCACUGGUAUGUCUCUUGCAUUUCAUAGCUCGUGCCAUAGAGUUGGACAAAGGGCACAUAUCUGCAAAUGGUGCUGUCCAUGCAAAAGUAGACUGUGAUAAUCUAUCCAACUCUACAGCUAAUGACGGUUUUUCUCCUGACCAUGUUAUCAGUGUUGUGAUUUCAAGGUAUGUACAGUGCAUUCGGAAAGUAUUCAGACCCCUUGACUUUUUCCUCAUUUUGCUACGUUACAGCCUUAUUCUAAAAUUGAUUAAAUGAAAAAAAAUCUUCAUCAAUUUACACACCCCAUAAUGACAAAGCAAAAACAUUUAAAAAAACAAAACAUUUUUGCAAAUGUAUAAAAAAAUAAACAACAGAAAUACCUUAUUUACAUAAGUAUUCAGACCCUUUGCUAUGAGACUCAAUUGUUUCCACUGAUCAUCCUUAAGAUCUUUCUACUGAUUAGACAUGAUUUGAAAAGGCACACACCUCUCUAUAUAAGGUCCCACAGUUGACAGUGCAUGUCAGAGCAAAAACCAAGCCAUGAGUAGGGCUGUUGUGGUGACCAUAUUACUGCCACACCGACAGUCACGAGUCAUGAAGGCAGUCAAAUUCCACAUGACCGUUUAGUCACGGUAAUUAGGCUUCUCUAAGCUCUGAUGCUGCUGCUGGUCAUUGGUAGCCUACCAAACUUGCUAACUGCCUGUUACUCAGCAAUCUAUUGCCCCUCUAAUCACUCUGACAUCAAUGUAAAUGUAUUCUAAAAUCGAAUCAAACACUUCAUGAGAGCCCGUCAGCUCAUGUUGCGCAACAUUUCUAUAGGCUAUGCAGUUGUGGGAGAAAACCGAGUGAUGGUCACUUACAAAAAGAGGAGGAUCCCAUCAGCUUUCUAAAGGCUAGGCCUAGUAUAUUUAUUAAUUUCUCAACUUUCCUCAUGUUAAGCACAUUACUUAUAUGUAUAACAGGAGUAUAGCCUACCUGGCUGGCAUGAAAAUAAACCACUGGGAAAAGCGUCCUCCAUUCGCUGUUUAAGUGCAUAGAUGACUUAUUUUUUUCCCCCUGCCCUGUUUCGCUACAGGUGCAUGAUAAUGGUCCAUUCUAAAUCAAAACAAAUGUCAUACAUAUAUUAUUUAGUAUAUGUAAAGACAAAAUUAAAUCAAGAAUAGUCUGAUGGGUGAUAAUAUUAGCCUGUCACUUGUGAAUUAUAUGUUAUCACUUGUGAAUGAUGCCCAGCAUAAGAAACAUGCCUUUUUUUCCGACUCGUUUGCAGCCCCUGAGUUUCAAGUUUGGGGAAGAUCAUUUUCACCAUAAAAAUGCACCUUUAUAAUAAAAGCAUUACAUGCAUAAUUGCAUUUGCGGUCACUUUUUAAAUAUUUAUCGCACAGAAUAGAAUAGGUCGACCUUUGUACUACGGGGGAUAGUAGCUUGACAUAGACUAGUGCUUUUGCUGUUCAAUAGGCCUACUCAACUUGUUGGCUGACAAAAAGUAAAUUUGGACAGUUCAUCCAAUAUCUUCAAUAUGACCUCGGAAUUGGAUAAGGACUCGUGCAGCUGCGUCCCCGAUAUGUCUGUCUUCACUUGUAGCCUGUGAGAAAGACCUGGUCACGUGACAGAUUGCGCAGCACACUCAGGGAGAAGGGCACAACGCAGCACUCCGGGCCACAAAAGGCAUGGAUUUUUUUAGGGUGCAUUACGGCCACAAAGGGGAUGCCACCAUGAAUUCGAGGCAUUGUCAAGUGCUUGUUAAAUUGUGAAUGAGACUAUUGGAGUGUGUACAGCCUGCGCAAAAAAAUAAAGCAGAGCUCAUGCCAUUCAAGCAACUUUUUUCAAAUCAUCAUUAGUCUCAUCAUGCAGCCUUACAAUGUUUGUAGAACAACUAAAGUUACAUUGAUACCUCUAAAUUAAGCAUAUAGGAGUACCUAUUUCUUUGUUAACCGCUCAACAUAGAAUAGCCACAUGUGCUCACUCCCUCAAAUCGAGAGAAUAUUUAUAUUUGAUUCUGCUUUGUUCAGUACUAUAAAAUAAUGCCAUGGAAUUAUAAGCAAAUCUUGUCUGCUAAAUGAACUAGUGUAGCCCACAGCCAUUUGACAUAGCCACAUCAGGACCUAACACAAGAACAACUCAGAGUAUGCUAUUCUUUUCUUCUGAAAUAGACUAUCAUGCUGCUUUAGACCUGUCUAAAAUAAAUAAUGGAUUUAUAGUGAAGGAGUAUGCUAUAUUACAUGGAUUUAUUCAAAAUGGCUUGUGGGCCGUGUGUGGAAACCAGGAGAUGCUAAAUGUGAUUAUGUUAAUUAACAGUCAAUUACCGUGAGACUGACAGUUAUUUGCUUGACAAUCACUGGCUGACAAAAUGUCCACCACAGCCCUAGCCAUGAGGUUGAAGGAAUUAUUUGUAGAGCUCUGAGAUAGGAUUGUGUUGAGGUACAGAUCUGGGGAAUGGUACCAAAAAAUGUCUGCAGCAAUGAAGGUCCCCAAGAACACAGUGACCUCCAUCAUUCUUAAAUGGAAGAAGUUUGGAACCACUAAGACAUUUCCUAGAGCUGACCGCCCGGCCAAACUGAGUAAUCGGGGGAGAAGAGCCGUGGUCAGGGAGGUGACCUAGAACCGAUGGUUAGUGACAGAGAUCCAGAAUUCCUCUGUGGAGAUGGGAGAACCUAACAGAAGGACAACCAUCUCUGCAGCACUCCAUCAAUCAGGCCUUUAUGUAGAGUGGCCAGACGGAAGCCACUCCUCAGUAAAAGGCACAUGACAGCCUGCUUGGAGUUUGCCAAAAGGCACAUAAGGACUUUCAGACCAUGAUAAACAAGAUUCUCUGGUCUGAUGAAACCAAGAUUGAACUCUUUGGCCUGAAUGCCAAGCAUCACGUCUGGAGGAAACCUGGCAUCAUCCCUACGGUGAAGCAUGGUGGUGGCAGCAUCAUACUGUGGGGAUGUUUUUCAGCUGGUAGAGACUGGGAGACUAGUCAGGAUUGAGGGAAAGAUGAACGGAGCAAAGUACAGAGAGAUCGGCAAUAAAACCUGCUCGCUCAGGGCCUCAGACUGGGGGGGCGAAGGUUCACUGUUGAACAGGACAACGACCCUAAGCACACAGCCAAGACAACGCAGGAGUGGCUUCAGGACAAGUCUCUGAAUGUCCUUGAGUGGCCCAGCCAGAGACCGGACUUGAACCCGAUCGAACAUCUCUGGACAGACCUGAAAUUAGUUGUGCAGCAACGCUCCCCAUUCAACCUAACAGAGCUUGUGAGGCUCUGCAGAGAAGAAUGGGAGAAACUCCCCAAAGGUGUGCCAAGCUUGUAGCAUCAUACCCAAGAAUAAUCAAGGCUGUAAUCGCUGACAAAGGUGCUUCAACAAAGUACUGAGUAAAGGGUCCGAAUACUUGUGCAAAUUGUAUAUUUCCGUUUUUUAUUUGUAAUAAAUGUGAUGGGGACAAACAUACACACACAAUUGAAUACAUUUUAGAAGAAGGCUGUAACGUAACAAAAUUUGGAAAAAGUCAAUACUGAAUACUUUUCUAAUGCACUGUAAAUCAUGCAUUGUGAUUUGGUAGCUCUGCCUGCAACUUAAAAUCAGUGUCACCCUCAGCCCUAGUGGGAAUUUCCUCUCGGUCUAAUGGUUAAGACAGUUGGUUUCCGGAGCAGGGGACCGGGUUUGACAUAAAAUAAACCUCUGGGCUGUGUUCAGGAGUGUGCAACAUUCUGAACGUUGCAGAUAGAAAUGCUAUGUAUAGAACUGACAUGAUUCCUUUCUCUCGUACCUGACAAAAGUAUGUCUGUACUACAUACAUUUCAUAUAAUAUAUUUCUAUCUGUACGGUUGUUCUUUACUGAAAAUGAUUCCCGUUGAAUGGGAAGGCUUCUCUCCUUUAAAGUAUGCAUAUUUGGAACAUUCAGGUUUACAGUUUGUUUUUGAAAAACCAUUAUGUGGUGAAAUAAGAUUUGGAAAAAUGUAUUUAAAGAAAAUACGUAAAAUCAUUUAAACAAUGCACACAAUAACACUUAACCAGUUUGUACUUUUAUUUCAGUAGGGGAAAGGAAAAAUGAUUUUGAUUUUGUAACCUAAUUAUUUUUUCCCUGUUUAAUCUCAAUCUGGGCGCAUAUUCAUAAAGCUCUCUAAAUAGGGGUGCUGAUCUAGGAUCAUGUCCCCUGUUGCCAUAUGUAAUCUUAUUAAUUUUGAUCGAAAAGACAACUGUUCCUAGAUCAGCACUUCUACUCUGAGAUGCUUUAUGAAAACGGCAGUGACGCGUAAAAUAAGCAAUAUCAGUGUUUUACCCAUAAAGAUAAUUAUUUAAUUAAAUCUUAAUUCUGUACAAUAGUAAUUAUUUUUCAUAUGGUUUCACCACGUGCAUCAAUAGAUUUGCUUGGCAUUGGAUUAGUGAAAGAGAAAUGAUGGGUUCUGAUUUCUAAUCACUUGCCAGUUGUCAUCCUCAGUAUAUUAUGGGUGCAGAACAAAAAUUGCACAAACAUGUUCAUAAAUAAUAAAAAAGCAAAAACAAAUGAAUGAAAAGGUUGUUCUCCUAAUGGUGAUUAGAAUGCUUUAUGGAAAUGUUUAAUAUUUUAUGUAUCAGAACGUAAAUUUUUGGUUUGAAUUCUGUUUAUAUCCCUAAAAUGUAUUUUUAUUGUUUUUUUUAAAGCAAAAAAAUCCAAUUAACUAAUCUAUUAAAGAUUAUGAUUUUAUCACCAU